AUGGCAGAGCGACCCGAAGACCUGAACCUGCCCAUGGCGGUAGUAACAAGGAUCACCAAGGAAGCUUUACCAGACGGGUGUAUGAUCAGCAAAGAAGCCAGACUAGCCUUGAGUAAGGCAGCCAGUGUAUUUGUGCUGUAUGCCACUAGUUGUGCUAACACAGUAGCACAGAAGAGCAAACGAAAGACCCUGACUGCUCCAGAUGUUUUCACUGCCAUGGAGGAAAUGGAGUUUGAGACCUUUCUUGAUCCACUAAAAGACAGUUUGGAGGCAUACAGAAAAGAACAGGGCCAAGUAAAAGAGCGCAAGGCUGCUAAAAAGAAAGAGAAAGAAGAAAAAGAUGCUGCAGAUCGUGCGCUGAAGGACGUUGCAGAAGAGAGCGCAUCACUGGUAACGAGUGAGUUAGCGCAGACCGUUGAAAACGGAGAGAGCGAAGUAGUGGAGAUGGUGACGGAGAAUGGGACUGAUUCAGAUACACCUCAAGUCAUAGAAUGA